AUGGGUUUUUCCCAAGGUUGUUCCCUCCUCAUGUCCUACAUCCUGUACCGCUACCAGGAACACGUCACCAACCCGCAAGUCGCCGAUACAACAAAAUUCGAGCUGCCGUUCAAGGGCGUCAUGUUCAUCUGUGGCGGGCCCUCGCUGCCCGUGCUGCAAGAUCUCGGCGUUCCCGUGAGCGAAAAAGCGUGGGAGGUGAAUAAUAAGACGGCGGAGUUGUUGCAUAAGCGCACAGAGAAACUCAAGUAUAAGGCGGAUAAUCCUGAUACGAUUAAGAGGGGGGAGGGGCUGUGGGAUGAGGUUGGGGAUUUGGUUCAUGAUCCUACUAGCAAGAAACAUUUGAGAGACCUAAAAGAUGUGUUUGGAUUGGAUUUUACGGAUGAGAGGAUGAGGAAGGCGGUGGGGGAUCUGGGACAGAUCGUGCCGACUGUGCAUGUGUAUGGGGCCAAGGAUCCCAGGUGGCCGGCGAGUGUACAGCUGGCGCAGCUGUUUGAGGGAGGCUUGAAUGAGAGGUUUGAUCAUAGCGGGGGGCAUGAGUUGCCGAGGACGACGGAGUGUUCGAUGAAGGUGGCGGAGUUGAUGGAGAAGUUGAGGAGGAGGGUGGAGGGUUUGGAUGAUGGGGAGGAGUUGAGAAAUUAG